AUGGUCGCAGUAUCUGCCAACAAAAUGACGAUGAAGCAAGUCCUUGUGCUCAGCUUUAUGUCGGAGCCUGCCUACAUGCAGGCCUCCCUCUUGACGGGUUUCUCCCACGCCUUUCUAGCUCCACCGACAGAGGAUCUGCCCUCUCCUCCCCUCCCUCCUCAAAUCCCCCUUCUUGACCCUCCCACCUCCUCUCGAACACCAACAGCGGCAAAUCAAGGGACUGGGUUGCCAGAGAAGGCACCAGAGAAGAUCAACGGCAUUCGAAAGCUUACUAUGAAGACCGAAUUUGACACUUGGCUCUACUUAGUCAAAGAUGUCCUCAGGCCCGUGGACUGUGCGGACCUCAUCGAUUCGAAUAUUCCCAGACCUACGUCUACGGACCAAGACGCGUACAAUAGGUGGCGGAAGAUGUCGUUGUGCAUUAGGAGUUGGAUCACAGCCCAGCUCGACGUCGAGAUUAUCAAGGAACUCCGUCAACUACCCAACAAACUCAUCUACGCCGAUGAGUAUAUCGACGCGAUUCGAACGAUCGUUAUUGGUGAACGACAUAUAGAACGUCAAACCGUUUGGAAAGCAGCGGUAAGGACAUAUCGACAUCAAUAUGGUUCAAUAGAACAGUUCGUUGUCGCCUACUGUGAUGUCUGGCAACGCGCUAAUAAUUUGAACGUCACCAUCACCCCAUGGUGUGCUGCCGUACUCCUACUUGGAGAACUUGAGAAUGAACUACCCAACUGGACAAUGGCUCAGUACUGCUCCUGGCCGAAAGACAAGUCUACCACGAUGACCAAGUCCGAAUUUCAACAUCUCUGCCGCGAAGCCAUUGAUAUAGGCAAGAAGCGAGAGCGAGAGCUCAAGAUACAAAAGUCAAAAAAGCGAAAGCCAAAGAGUGCGAGUGCUAUAGCAAGUGUCGAGUGAGUGCCAAAGCGAGAGCCAGAGAUGCCAGAGUGCCAGAAUAAGGUUCGGAUUUGAAAAUGGAAGGGAAUAAGCUAUCAAAUUGAAGGAAUGCGAGACCAAGGACUUCAAGAAGAGCAUGUAGGAGGAAGAUUUUUACCUAAAAAGGCAAUGUAAAUAGCUUCAGACCUAGGUUGCAGUCGGCGCGGCCCAGGGGAGUGUGUCGGAGCCCGCCUACAUGAAGUCCUCCCUCU